AUGAGCUGUCAUACAUGUUUUCGCGCUCCAGCUUCGCGAACCCGGUUUUUCUGCCCUACCUGUGCCCGUAGUCAGCUGUAUCAGCUCCGGGUUGAGAACGCGAGGGUCCUGCUUGAGAAACAGUCUAUUGCGGAACAUAUCCAAGCUAGAGUGACCCCUGAGACAACCCAAGCGGAAUGGUCGGGUGAAAUCAAAGAAACCGCCAUUGCUUACCAAAAUGGGCUCUCUGCCAAGCGAAGCUUACAGAUGAUUGUUAAGGGAGAAGCUGAGUCGUGUGAAAGGUUGAGGCUACUCGGUGAUCAACUCGAAAACCUGACUGCUGAGAUCAAGGACAAAAGACUUGAAAUCUCCCAACGCAGGCUCGCACUAGCGCGACGGCACUCGGACUCUGAAUCUGCACAGUAUCAGCUCGGCGAGCGGGAAGCUGCAAUCCUGGCCAACAUCCAGAAUAAUACUAAGAGGACGGACCAUCUCUGGCAUUCGCUCCAUAGCAAAACUGCAGAGGCCCGAAUAUUCCUCUGCCGAGAAGCUGCCAAUCUUUAUGGGCUACAGCGGAAGACAAGGAGUAAGGAAGGAUUGUCCCAAGAGGUCUACACGAUGGGUGGUAUAGAUAUCAUCGAUUUGAGGGACAUGAACGGAAAGUUACAGCUCUGCGACUUUUGA